GUGCUCCGUGGAGAGCCCCACGACGGCGCCCACGACGGCGCGGCGGUCUCGGCCCCUUUAAGGUGGAGGGAUCAAGCCCCUCGUGCGGCUUCCCAAUCCCGGGCAGGUCACGUGGCUUCACACCUUCGCUUGGCGCCGGAGAGGGAGUCAUGGGGGCGGGGCUGGCCAGGUAGUGUGGCGCGAGGGCGGAAGACUGGCGGGGCUUAGUGCCCGGGAGACCCGCGGGGCUGGCGGCUUUGAGUUUCAGUGCCUGUGUAAUAAAAGGGUCCAUAUUGUAAAAGAAGUCAAAAGCAGCCUUGAAUAAUCGGAACCCUUUUGCCAGAUCAUCUAAUGUCAAUAUGUUUUCUGGCAUUGCUACUUCAACAUCGUCUUCCUUGUCUGGCACUGGUUUGGAGCACUCAUCUCUAUCAAAUUGUCUUCUGCUAAUUCCUCUGGAAGAAGAAGCAGGAAGGAUAAAAGAUUGCUGGGACAACCAGGAAGCACCUGCUCUCUCCACAUGUAGUAAUGCCAAUAUCUUUCGAAGGAUAAAUGCCAUAUUGGAUAAUUCUCUGGAUUUCAGUAGAGUCUGCACUACACCUGUAAACCGAGGAAUUCAUGAUCAUUUGCCAGACUUCCAGGACUCUGAAGAAACAGUUACAAGCAGGAUGCUUUUCCCAACCUCUGCGCAAGAAUCUUCCCGUGGCCUCCCAGAUGCAAAUGACUUGUGCCUUGGCCUGCAGUCCCUCAGUCUGACAGGCUGGGACCGACCCUGGAGCACCCAGGACUCAGAUUCCUCAGCCCAGAGCAGCACACACUCGGUACUGAGCAUGCUCCAUAACCCACUGGGAAAUGUCCUAGGAAAACCCCCCUUGAGCUUCCUGCCUCUGGAUCCCCUUGGGUCUGACUUGGUGGACAAGUUUCCAGCACCCUCAGUUAGAGGAUCACGCCUGGACACCCGGCCCAUCCUGGACUCUCGCUCUAGCAGCCCCUCUGACUCAGACACCAGUGGCUUCAGCUCUGGAUCAGAUCAUCUCUCAGAUUUGAUUUCAAGCCUUCGCAUUUCUCCACCUCUGCCCUUCCUGUCUCUGACAGGGGGUGGUCCCAGAGACCCUUUAAAGAUGGGGGUAGGGUCUCGGAUGGACCAAGAGCAAGCUGCUCUUGCUGCAGUCACUCCCUCCCCAACCAGUGCUUCAAAGAGAUGGCCAGGAGCUUCUGUGUGGCCAUCCUGGGACCUCCUCGAAGCUCCCAAAGACCCCUUCAGCAUAGAGAGAGAGGCUAGGCUGCACCGACAAGCUGCAGCUGUGAAUGAAGCCACCUGUACCUGGAGUGGCCAGCUUCCUCCCCGGAACUAUAAGAACCCCAUCUACUCUUGCAAGGUGUUUCUAGGAGGUGUUCCUUGGGAUAUUACAGAAGCUGGAUUAGUUAACACCUUCCGUGUUUUUGGCUCUUUGAGUGUGGAGUGGCCUGGUAAGGAUGGCAAGCACCCCCGGUGUCCUCCCAAAGGGUAUGUGUAUCUGGUCUUCGAACUAGAGAAGUCUGUCCGAUCCUUGCUUCAGGCUUGCUCUCAUGACCCGCUGAGCCCAGAUGGCCUGAGUGAAUAUUAUUUCAAGAUGUCCAGCCGAAGGAUGCGCUGCAAGGAGGUGCAGGUGAUCCCAUGGGUAUUAGCCGACAGUAACUUUGUCCGGAGCCCAUCUCAGAGGCUUGACCCCAGCAGGACGGUGUUUGUCGGUGCUCUGCAUGGAAUGCUAAAUGCUGAGGCCCUGGCAGCCAUCUUGAACGACCUAUUUGGUGGAGUGGUGUAUGCCGGGAUUGACACAGAUAAGCACAAGUAUCCCAUUGGAUCUGGUCGUGUGACUUUCAAUAACCAACGGAGUUACCUGAAAGCAGUCAGCGCUGCUUUUGUGGAGAUCAAAACCACCAAGUUCACAAAGAAGGUUCAGAUUGACCCCUACCUAGAAGAUUCUCUGUGUCAUAUCUGCAGUUCUCAGCCUGGUCCUUUCUUCUGUCGAGAUCAGGUCUGCUUCAAAUACUUCUGCCGGAGCUGCUGGCACUGGCGGCACAGCAUGGAGGGCCUGCGCCACCACAGCCCCCUGAUGCGGAACCAGAAGAACCGAGAUUCCAGCUAGAGGAGCUGGCCUUGCCCAGUGGCCUGUGGCGCCCGAAGCUGGCAGGUCAGGCAAGCAGCUUGCACCACCCUGCCACUGGCGACCAGGGAGCUGGCUUCCCGAGGACAAGGGAAAGUUGUAGUCACCUUUGCACUUGCUGAAUCUGUCUUUGUUUCUGCACUAAUUAAUGCACAUUGAGUUUUGUCGGGUUUUGUUUUCGGGGGUAUACCAAGGGCAAGGACCCUCUGGCUUACCCUCCAAGCGACUCUGUAGUUUUCCCAGAUUUUAGUUCCUCAUUUUGCAGAUGAAAAGCGAAAAAAAAAAAAACAAAAAAACAAAAAAAAAAACUACGUGUCCAGAAGGUAUUGAGGUAUUGACACGGAUGCCUACACCUAGGUUUAUUUAUUAAAAGCGCUUUUUUACAUUCCUUGCAAUACUGAUGGUGAUGAUGCGCAGGUCUCAUUGGUUUCAUUCUUGCAGUUGCCAUACAGUGCCUUUCCAUUUAUUUAACCCCCACCUGAACGGCAUAAACUGAGUGUUCAGCUGGUGUUUUUUACUGUAAACAAUAAGGAGACUUUGCUCUUCAUUUAAACCAAAAUCAUAUUUCAUAUUUUACGCUCGAGGGUUUUUACCGGUUCCUUUUUACACUCCUUAAAACAGUUUUUAAGUCGUUUGGAACAAGAUAUUUUUUCUUUCCUGGCAGCUUUUAACAUUAUAGCAAAUUUGUGUCUGGGGGACUGCUGGUCACUGUUUCUCACAGUUGCAAAUCAAGGCAUUUGCAACCAAGAAAAAAAAAUGUUUUUGUUUUAUUUGAAACUGGACCGGAUAAACGGUGUUUGAGCGGCUGCUGUAUAUAGUUUUAAAUGGUUUAUUGCACCUCCUUAAGUUGCACUUAUGUGGGGGGGGUGGGGUUGAUAGAAGUUUUUAAUCACAAAGUCACAGGACUUUUUUCUUUUGUAACUGAGCUAAAAAGGGCUGCUUUUCAGUGGGGGCAGAUGAAGGCUCACAGGAGCCCUUUCUCUUAGAGGGGGCAAGUACCCUUCCCUUAUAUCUUUAAUUUGAGGAAUGUAUGCGAUAACAGUUGCAGUUGACUGAAAUGCCACUGGAAUUUGAAAACUUGACUUUUUUCUUUCUUUCCUUUUUUUUUUUUUUAAAAAAAAAAUACAAAAAAACCCCACAAAAACUACUUGCCCCUCCUAGGGAAGCUGUGUGCCAAAGAACCAGUGUCAUAACCCCUCCCUCCUGCUGAGCUGACGUUGCAUUGUUGCAUAUCCCAGCUACUCUGUGGGUUUUGUGAAGCUGUGUGUGAAGUCUCUACCUCAUUGUAGUAUAUGCAGGCAAGACUGCACUCUCCUACAGAUGUGUGGAGUAAGCUGUGGUGUAGUUUUUUUGGCACAUAAUAAACACGUUGCAGCAGA